AUGGCUUCGGACCAGACGCUUUUUGAACCUCUACAUCCAGUGGGCGACCAGAUAUAUUUGUACGAGCCUCAGGACACGGAGGAUGCCCCCCUUGGAACCACACAAGCACCCGCGUUGGUAAUCCUCUGUACUUGGCUGGGGGGCGCCACGCCGCGCCGCAUCAACAAGUAUGUGUCGCAGUACCGUCAAAUCUACCCAGGAUCAAGCCUGCUCCUCAUCACUACCAAUUUCCCGGAUCUCUCUAUUCGGCCUUUUGGCAUGCUCCGUGCUCGUCUAAAGCCCGCUUGCCAGGCCAUCACCCGCAUUUUGGCCCGUCCCAGCAACGGGACGUUGCGCCGCACUCUACUCCAUAUGUUCUCACAUGGUGGAUGCAAUGUCGGCUUGCAAAUGGCGGAAGCCAUGAAAGAAGAAGCAGAUCACGGUGUCGCAUACUUUUCAAGUCUCCAGGGCAUCAUCUUCGAUUGCUGCCCGGGCGAUGACACGUUGCAGCGAGCGUAUGGCGCCGCCCUGUUAUCCAUGCCUCAAACCACCAUGGGCCAGCUCUUGGGGAAGAUGUUGUACCCCACAUUAGUAGUUGUGACUCGAUUGCAGCACGCAGGCAUUUUGUAUGGAGUGCGUGACCUCCGUGCCCAGUUGAAUGAAUCUACUUUUGGCGCUCAUCCGAGGAGGCUGUAUAUCUACUCCAAGGAAGACGUCACGGUUAGCUGGGAGGAUGUGAAGGCACACCUGGAAGAUGCGCGGUCUCGCGGCUAUCUAGCCGAUCAGGUUGUCUUCGAGCAUGGCUCCCAUUGCGGAUUGAUCAUGGAAGAUGGAUCUCGCUACUGGACUGCUGUCCAGAAAUUCUGGAAUGGUGAGGAUAUCAAUGAUCUUGUCGCAAACUCGGUCCCGGGUGCUUCCUAUAACUCUAUAGAGCUGAAAGCCCCUCGCAGUCGGCUAUGA